AAUCCUUUAGCGUCUCCAGCCCCCUCCGAAGUCGUACUUUCACAAUUCCACAAAACAAAAACAAAAAAACCACCUUAAAAUUUAAAACUAAAAACUUGGGUCUUCUUCGUUUAAGCAAAGGCACUUUGCGUUUGCGUAGACCAACACAGUCCCAAAGCAAAGACUCAGAGAGAGAGACACUGUGAGAGAGAGAGAGAGAGAGAGAGAAAGAAUCCGAAGCACUGAAAAUACAACAAUAAAGCAUCAAUCAGCAAAAACAAAUGGCAGAUGAUGCGGCGGCGGCGGUCUCCGUACCCGAACGUACCUCCAUUCCCUCCGGCGACGACUCGGUCUGGGCUGACGUGUCGCCUCUCCUUGAAUCCGCAUGCAAAGAUCUUCGAGACGGUGAACUUAUUCAUGGAGAUAAUUUCAAUCUUUUUGCUGCAAUGUCUGCUUUGGAGAUAAUGGACCCGAAGAUGGAUUCUGGUAUUGUUUGUAAAUACUAUUCCAUUGAUGAAGCCAUAGAGAACGGUGCUGCUCCAGUUCCUAUUAGCAUUAACAAAACUGUUGAUGUUCAAUGCACUAUUGACAUCAUGGACCAUCUUCUAGCAUGUGAGGCGACAUGGCACAAGGGUCAUUCGUUGGCACAAACUGUGUUCUCUUGUAUCUAUCUUUUGAGACCUGAUAGGACAUCUUCACAUGCCUUGCUUCAUUCAUAUUGCAGAGUCAUACGUGCAACCUGCAAGGCGGUUAUUUCGGUUGUCUCGGAUGCACGUACACAUGAAGAAGAUGAUCUUUUUACAAUGGCAUAUGGCCUUCCUUUGGAUGGGGAUGGAGAUGAAAAGUGCUUGUCAUUGCUAAAUGCUGUUGAAGAAACAAUUUCUCGCCAAUUGCGUGCUUGCAAAGCCCCCUCGUCUAGAAGAAGAGUUUUAGAAGAUAUGGAGCCCUUACAAACAAAUCUUGAUUUAGAAGAAGGCUACUGUAAAGCCUUGUUAUGCCGCUUACGCUUUCGUAAGCAUUUUUACCAUGCUCUUACAUCUAUGAGGCGGCCUCAAGGGAGAGGUUUGGAGUUGGCAAGGAAACAUAUAGCUACCUGCAUAUCAGAGCUAGACUGCAUUUAUAGAUCAUCAGAUUUUCUUAGAUCUAGUGCCUGUGGAACUAGUGAGGAUGGCAUAGAAAAUAGAACAACUGCUUCUGGCUGUCAGCCUAUUGGGUUUGAUGCUAGCUUAAAUUGUAGAUUAUCUGCACCUACUCCACCUCGUGCAAUUAAAAUCCUUAGUUGGAAAAAGGCCAUUGAAUAUUUUGUGAAAUUGCUUCAUGAUCUAGACAUUAUAUGUUCCUACUCAUUGGAUCCAUCAUUAGAAGGUGUUUUGCAGUUUGUGGUUCAGUUCCAAAAAUCUCAACCUGAUUUGGUUGCAAGAGCUCAUCUCCAGCUUCUGCUGGUUCAAGAUGGGAAACUCUAUGGACGGGAUUCUAUGUUUACUGUUAUCACCAGAGCUGCAGUGUUGCCCGAAGUUGCAAAGAACCAUGAUGUUCAGAAGAAUGAAUAUUUUGUGCAAUUAGGGCAGUUAGUAAUCAAUAUGCUCAAAAUUCUUUGUACAAAUGCUGCAUGGCAAAGGCGUAAGCUAGGGAAAAUGCUACAAGAUUGGCGUGUUAUGUAUGUGCAGCUAGAGCUAGCGUUUAGAAAGGAGUUUGGAGAAGUGUCUAGAAUUCCAGAAGAUGAGAACGUCUGUGUGAAAAUAUUCCAACAUAUCCUCCUUUGGGUAGAGGAGCAAACAUACUGGAUAGCUUCGCGUUUUCUCAUUUUGGGUUUUGAGUUGGAGCUCUAUUCCCCAAGUGAAUAUUGCAUGGUAUACUGGUAUAUGUAUGUUGUCUUGAUUAAGCUUUCAGAGAAGACACAUCUUAAGAUGGCAGCAAAGAAUGACAUGGGCAAACGAAAGGGCAAGAAGAAAAGGGAUUCCGCGAAGGAUGUUGCAAGGGAAUAUCGAAUCCCACCAGCAGUCUUGUUUCUUCAAUGCCAAAUAUGUCUUGCUGAAGGGCUCACAAUGAUGCUUGCUGCUUUGAGGAAUGAACACAUGAUCUUACAAAGUCGAAAUCCUUUUAAUACAGAGCAAGAGAGAUUUAUUCAGCACUUUGAACUUUUACAGAAAGCUUGCAUUCCUGACCACGUCUCAUUCCACUCAUUCAGGGAAUCCACAACCUAUGCUCGCUUAUCCACCCUGGUUAUGUAUAAUUACUUUAAAGAUGCUCAGAGGAUUGCAAAGGAGGCUAAGAGUAGUUUUUCCAAUGACCCUGACAAAUUGGCCGAACUCAGAAAAAUAGAGCAAGUGGCAGAGCACAAUAGCAUUGCCUUAAAUGUUAUUUCCCGGGUAGGAGCCCUCGACCCUACACUAAAGGCUUCUUUUGAGUUCAGCCACCAUCCGUACUUCGCUACAGCCGUUGUCAAGAGAUCUUGAAAGUGUCCUAUAUUAAUCAACAAUUUUGAAAACGCUUUACAGGAUUCAGAGGCAAUUGAGUCAUGCAGUAUGGUACUUGUAAGUUGUAACAUUACUAUUUGUUCAAUCAAUUUUCCCAAUUAUUUAUUA